AUGAAAGACAUUACUAUUGCAAUAUUAGGCAGUGGUGUUAUGGGUACAGCUGUUGCCACGGCUAUUUUAAAGACUUUGGAUCCGAAAAUAAUUGCUUGUGGCACUAAUGAAGCUAGAUUAAGAGAAAGUUUUCAAGAUUACCCUCAAGUUGAAAUAUCUGCUGGUAUUGAACAAAAUAAAGAUGCUAUUAAGAAAGCUGAUGUCAUAAUUUUAGGUUGUAAACCAUUUAUGUAUCAGCAAAUAUAUAAUGAAAUAUCAAGUUCAUUAAACGGUUCACAAUUAUUGAUUAGUUUAUUAGCUGGUACUACAAUUAAAGAAUUAUCAAUCUUUACGCCAUAUGUGGCGAAGGUUAUGACUAAUACACCUGCUAAGUUUGGUUGCGGUACCGCAGCGAUUUCAUAUUCAUCAGAAACUACUCAAGAUAAAAAGGAUUUAGUUGAAAAGUUAAUUAGUACUAUUGGUUUAGUUGUUAACAUACCUGAAAAGAAUAUGGAUGCUGCAACAGCAUUAAUUGGUUCCGGGCCGGCAUUUGUUUUACUAAUGAUGGAAAGUUUAAUAGAUGGUGGGGUUAGAAUGGGAUUACCAUUUGAUAUUGCAAAACAAUCAGCUGCAAAAGUGAUGGAAGGUACUGCAAAAAUGGUUUUAGAAACUGGUGAACAUCCAGCUGUUUUAAAAAGUAAAGUAUGUACCCCAGCUGGUACAACUAUUGGUGGAUUAUUAAAAAUGGAAGAUGGUAAUAUUAGAAGUUCAAUAGCUAGAGGUGUUGAAGAAGCAGCAAAUAUUUCAGCAUCAUUUGCAAAGAAGUAA